CGCGCUCAGCGCGAGGCUCGUGCUGCAGUGCUGGCUUCGCUUGAGUCGGCCGGUAGUAGCCAUGCAGCGCAACUCCAGCAACGCGCCACAGACAUCCACCUUCAAUCCAAAACCAUCCAACAGCAAGAACGUGACUUGGCAAAGAACACGAAGGCUCUUGCCAAAGAGACAAAGCUGCUACAGCGAGAAGCUGAUCGUGCCGUGACGGCGAUGAAGGAGCUUGGUGACGUUGAGAAUUGGGCAAAUAUGAUGGAGCAAGACUUCCUGGUCUUGGAAGAGACCAUGCGGUUGGUGGAU